AUGGGCUCCCGGCACUUCCCCGCCCGCACCGUGCUCUUCGAGAAGGAGACCACCGGUGUCACGUACCGCGUGCCGGCCCUGCUCUACCUGCCCUGCGUGGCCAAGCUGCUGGCCUUCGCCGAGGAGCGGCUGAGCCCGACGACUGCCCACGCCAACCUGCUGGUGCUGCGCCGCGGCACCGUCUACGGCGGCUAUGUGGAGUGGGAAGACAUGCGGGUGCUCGAGACGGCGGCGCUGCAGCACCACCGGUCGAUGAAUCCCUGCCCGCUCUACGACGAGUUCACGGGCACCCUCUUCCUCUUCUUCAUCACGGUGCUGGGCAGGACACCCGAAGCCUUCCAGAUUGUCACGGGACAGAACGUCACCCGCCUGUGCUGCGUCACCAGUGCCGACCAGGGGCUGAGCUGGAGCAAGGCCACAGACCUGACGCAGCAGGUCAUCGGCAGGGCCAUCAAAGACUGGGCCACCUUUGCACUGGGCCCCGGGCAUGGGAUCCAGCUGCGCUCCGGCCGCCUGCUGGUGCCCGCCUACAGCUACCACAUUGACUGCAAGGAGUGCUUCGGGCAGCUCUGCAAGACCACCCCUCACUCCUUCGCCUUCUACAGCGACGACCACGGCCGGGGCUGGCGUUUUGGGGAGUUCAUCCCCAACCUGCAGACGGGCGAGUGCCAGCUGGUCUCGGUGGAUGAGGAGGACGGCUCCAAUGUCCUCUACUGCAACGCCCGCAGCCCCCUGGGCUUCCGCGUGCAGGCACUGAGCACCGACGAUGGGGCUGUCUUCCACGGGGGGCAGCUGGUCCAGCGGCUGGUCGAGCCCCCCCACGGGUGCCACGGCAGUGUCAUCGGCUUCCCCGCGCCUUUUGUGUACGGCCCCCAGCCCCCUGAUGUCCCCGGACAAGGCUCAGCUCCACGGCCGCUCCCCCGUUUUCGGGAUUUGCUUGCCUUGAGGGCAGCAGGGGAUAAGCUCCACGUGGACCCCAAAGCCACCUCCAGCCCCGGCACCUUCUUCCAAGCACCAACGUGGGUGCUCUACUCCCACCCCACCAGCCCCAUGUCGCGGGUCAACAUGGGGGUUCACCUCAGCACCUUCCCCAGGGACGCAGAGAGCUGGACCGAACCCUGGGUCAUCUACGAGGGCCCGAGCGCGUAUUCGGACCUGGCUUACAUGGAGCUGCCCCACAGCCAGGCCCCCAUCUCUGGUGGCCCAGCCAUCGCUUUUGCCUGCCUCUACGAGAACGGGAAGCGGUCCCCCUACGAGCAGAUCUCCUUCAGCAUGUUCACGCUGCACGACGUGCUCCAGAACAUCCCCCUGACGGCUGCAGUGCCCUGCAGGAAGCGGAGGCGAAGGAGCUGCUGCGUCUCCUAG